CUUCUCUGGUGUAGUCUUCCAUCUCCUUUUUUCCCUCGUCGUUCCCCUUUCAUACUUCCCCAUUCAUAAUUCCGCUUUCAUAACUUACGCCUUUCAUAAUUCCGCUUUCAUAGUUCCCCAUUCAUAGCUCGCCUUUCGCAGUUCGCCUUACGUUGUUGAACCGCAGCCAUGCGAGCGGCAGCAGCGGCGUCGUCCGCGGCGCGUACCGCGUCGUCGCUGCACUCAGCCCUCCUCGCAGCCAAUCUCUGCGGCGUCGCGCUGCUCCUCCUCCUCCACCUGCGGUCGGACGGCGGAGAUCAGCGCGCGGCCGCAUCCAACUGCCAGCAGGCGCUCGGCGCGCUGGAUUCUCCGCAAAUCAUGGCGGGGGAAGACAGCCGGGAGCUUUUGUCCGGCGGGGUCAUUGCGGAAGGAGCGGAAGGGGGAGAAGGGGGGGAAGGGGCUUGCGCGACUUCCGCGCCGCUAAACGCGGGGUCAAAAGAGCUCCUGCAGUGGUCAGAGCAGCUGUACCGCACCAACGUCGCCAGACGAAACGCCGCAGUUGGCAAGGACCCGGUGAAGUUCGUCCUCGACUGGUUCAAGAUGACGGAGGGACGCCCGUACAAGGCCCGCGCGGCCUUCAUGUUUGAGGUGUUUGCCCCCGCGUACCCGUGCCUCAUGGAGGAACGCCUUGGCACAUGGCUGGAUGGCGGCAAGUGGGUAUGCCGACCCUCUCUCCUCAAUGCCUCCUCGGUUGUCUACAGCAUAGGGUCAGAUGGCAAGGACUCGUUUGAGGAGGAGAUCUACAGCCGCUUCAAGUCACAGAUCCAUGUGUUCGACCACACUCUAACUCCACGCAAGAAGGCCAAGGUGGAGCGCAAGAGGGCCUACAAGUUCCACCCCAUCGGUCUCGCUGUCUCCUCCAAUGAGUCGGCCUCUCUCAGCAGCUUCAAGGACCUCACCACAGUGCUUGGGCACUCGUUUGUGGACGUGUUUAAGGUGGACUGCGAGAGCUGCGAGUACGACGUCAUUCCGUCCAUCCUUGACAGCUACACCACGCCGCCCUUUGGACAGUUACUAAUCGAGAUUCACGACUUAGACCGAUCGAAUGCCGAUCGUCUCACAAGAUUCCUGCACAAGAUUGAGUCACAUGGCUACCGUAUGUUCCACAUUGAACUCAACUGGAGGCAGCUCAUGUCCCUAGAAGCUGCAUACAUUCAUGAAAGCUUAUGUUAAGCUGUCUGUGGGUGGAGCUACAUUUUUCAAUCUUGGGUGUUUGCAUUGUGUGUAUCAGAUAAGUGGAGAGAUUCGUGAACUGCCCUCGUACCGACUUGAAACAUUUAGGGUACUGUCAUGUCAUGUUAUUGUACCACUUGUUUCAUAGUACCCCAUCAUGUCUGUUCCUCUGUUGUGAAAUGAGACAGCUGUA